CAUGGAGCAGGACUAUGGAAGCCACCAAGAAGGUGGGGGGCCCUGAUCCAUCAGGCCCCCAGGGCCAUUCCUCAGUCAGCAGCCAGGAGCUGGGGACUGACCCUAGAGGGCCCCAGGGAUCAUGGAUAAACACAGGACCCAUAUACUUCAGGCAGGGGUUAUCACUCUCCUCUGAGGCCAUCAUCAAUGGGGCUUGUGGCCCAGUCUCCAAGGCCCAUGCACCUGGCUCCAUUCACCAGCUACUCCAGGACCCUGCCACGGUUAGCGCCCAGUAUGGCAGUGAGAAAGCCUCCCAGGAUGCCCUGAGACUCUCUUCUACCAACCUGUUUCCAAGCCCCAUCCUGGGAGCCCAUUCGCAUCUUGUCAUGGAGAGGGAGACCCUGGCCCUACCUGUGUGCACACACAGUGACAACACCAGCACCACAGCACAGUACGGACCCUACCGCUCCCAGCUCCAGGUGCUUAUUGAGGGGCAGAGCAAAACUCCAGCGAAAGUCUUGGUAGGCUGGGGCAGAGGGCCCUGCAGCCCUGAACAGACAUCCCCCUUGGCUAUCCAGAAGAACCGAUGGCUACCCUGUUUCCUUUCAGGGGCGGAUGACUCAGCUGCAACCCAAGGCCCUUUGCUGGCUCCAGGUGAAGAUAAAGGAGAGGGCAAAUGCCCAUGUCCAGUGGCGGCUCCUUCAGAUUCAACUCAGGCCAAUACUCCAGCACUGGACACAACCCCCAACUCGGGGGUAAUUGAAUCUUACACCUGUAACCUUAACCAUGUGGCUAAGAACAUUACCAUCACCAAGACACCGGAGUCUCAAGAUCUCCUGCUCAGAAGAUGUGGCAACCACUGGUCCAUCCUCAUGGAGUCUCCCCACCUGGUCAGCUCCUGCCAGGACAAAGAACAUUCCCAUUCUCAAGAGGAGUCUCCUACCCAAGCACAAACUCCACAAGAGUGUUCCAACCCUUCCCAGGAGCUUAAUACUAUUAAAAGUAAGGAGCUGGAGAGCCCGGUGGAGAAGGUCUUGGCUUGUACCUCAGUGCCAGGUAGCCCAAUGUCAUGUGAAAAAUCCCUGGACACCCCCAAGAAGAGUUGCCCAGUGACCUGCCGCUCUCAGCCAGACCAGCAGCCUCUAGAAGUCUGCAACAACACCAGCUCCAGUGAGCGGCCGUCUGCCUACCAAGCACCCUGCCAGAAGCAGCUUCCUGUCCCAGCUCCUGAGGAACCCACCCAAGUACCCUCCUCCUUUGCCCCUGCCUACCAGCUCCAGAAUGCUGUGGAAGACCACGUGCUGGUGUUUGAUAUGGCCACGGGAAACACCAGAGUGGGGUUAUUGUGCCAUGACCCUAUGGGCUCCCGGGCAGUGCUGGUGGGCCUCAUGCCGUCUAUUUAUGUAGCUGAAAAUGUGCUGUCCACCCAGCCAGUGACUAUGCCCAUCCUUUCUCCUGACAACAGUCAUUCCAACUAUUGGUCCACCUCACCCAUGAUUUCCAGCCCCGUGCCCUCCAGCAUCUCAUCUGGUAGCUACCGAGAAGUGACCCUGAUGCCCAAAGCGGGCCGACUCCAUCUGGAGCCGCAGAACUUCCCUGGCUCCGAGACACCCAUCAGAGCUGGGAUGCUCCCUGGGCCUGUCCCACUGGGGAUGCCCCUCCAAUUUGGUGAGAGGAUACUGAGUCACGCCCAUAAUUCUGGAUGGUCUGAACCUGAUGCUGAAAAAAAUGAAUCUCCUCGCACCAUCUGGACACAGCAAGGUUCCAGGAUGCAGGACACCUCUGCAGUCCGGGAGAAGAAACUACAGUGGGCUAGCUCAGAGCUGACCCUGGAUCCUGCUACGCUGGCCAAAUCCCAGGAGGUGCCCAAAGCUCAGCUCCAAGAGGAUUCAGGCAGCUGCAAGCAGAAAGAGGAUGUUACUAUUCACUCUGACAGCACUCGGGCCAGAGCUGAGCAGCCCUCGCCAGGUGAGAAGCUUGCCCCUGCCAGGGAGAUGCCCCUUGCCAGCCUGACUCCUCCAAAUGGCCAGUGUCCCUCUGCUGAGCAGCCCCCUCCUACCCAGCAGAGCCUGCUUCCUAACUGGCCCUGUCUCCCUGGGCCCCAUCUUGCCAAGCAGCUCUCUUUCACUGCGGAGUCUCCCUGUCCUGAAUCUCCCUUCAUCAGAGAGUCCGUUCUCUCAAGCGGGGUCCCCACCACCACCGAGCCUGGCCAGCCCUCCACUCUGUGCCCGGAAGGGAAGCCUUUGGACCUGCCAACCCACGUGGGGAUACUUCGGACGCCCCUUGUUCCUGAGGAGGCCUGUGUCUAUGUGAGCAGAGACAAGGCCAGCCUCGGCGAUGCUCGAAGUUCCAGCACACCUAGGGUGUCAUGGCAGCCUGACAUCUGCCCCAGCGUCCAGCAAGACCAGCUUUCCCUGAUCACACUCACCACACCUGAUGCUGGCUGCAAGGUCUUGCCCUUGGCUGUGGUGGGCCCCGAGACCCAGGGCCCCCAGUUCAAGCUGACAGCCAAGGACAUUACACACUCUUCAGUGGUUGCACAUCUUGGCCUGCUCCGUGGGGCCUGCUACGAGCUGGUGUCUCCCGUGGAUGUCCUGCCGAUGCAGUCCUCCGUGAUCUGUCGCCGUCACACGCUGGGCCCCUACCAGGGCAUGGCAGCUGUGGUGAUUGACACAGGGACAGGCUUCACCAAAUGUGGACUGGCUGGAGGGGAACACGUCCUCAGUGUUCUUCCCUCCCGAGUCCAGCUGCUGCAGCACCAGGGCCAAGGCCAGCCCCGGUAUACGGUGCCUGCGAACCAGGAGGGCUCCUACUCAGUGCUGAAUCGAGGCGUGGUCUCGGACUGGGAUGCCCUGGAGGUACUGUGGCAGCACCUCUUCUACUGCAGGCUGGGCAUGCAGCCCGAGAAACUGGCCGUGCUUGUGGCUGACUCGCCCAUCUCCCCACGCACCAAUAGGGAAAAAGUGGCUGAAAUACUCUUUGAACGCUUCCACGUGCCAGCCAUGCAGACGGUGCAUCAGGCCCUGCUGGCACUCUAUGCUUAUGGGCGCACUAGUGGACUGGUGGUGGGCAGCGGCCAGGGCACCUCCUACGUGGCACCCAUCCUCACCGGGCACCUGGCCCCACUUGACACUUACCGUCUGGAUGUGGCUGGUUGUGACCUCACUGAGUCCCUGGCUCAGCUGUUGCUGGCAGGCGGCCACUCACCUCUCAAAACAGAGCUAGUCAACCAGAUUAAAGAGACCUGCUGUUAUGUGGCCAUGGAUAUGGCAGCUGAGAUGGCCCGCACCCAGUCCUGUGCCCGUGUGGAUUUCGUGCUCCCCGACAAGCAGGUCAUCACGCUUGGCUCUGAGCGCUUCUGUUGCCCGGAAGCCCUUUUCCAGCCCAGUUUGCUGGGUGUCAACCAGCCUGGCCUCCCACAACUGGCCCUUUUAAGCAUUAGCCGGCUGGAGGCCAAACAGCAGGAGCAGCUGCUGGCCAACGUCGUGCUGGAUGGUGGCAGCACUCUGGUGAAUGGCUUUCCUGGGCGCCUGAGACGGGAGCUGGGCCCCCACGCUACUGUGCUGGGUGCUCCUCACCGAGCUGUUGCUGCUUGUCUUGGAGGCUCCAUCAUGGCGUCACGGGACUCUUUCCAGAGCCUGUGGCUCAGCCGCCGUGAGUAUGAGGAGGAGGGCCCGUGGGCCAUCUACAAGUACCGGCUCUGAGCACAUAAAAUUCUGGGUCUGCUUA